AUGGCUUACAGUAUUGGUGAUAAUUCUGGUGAACUGAAAGAUGUAGACUGGAUUGUUCUAUCAAUUACUAGUAGAAGUUUGAGGCGAAUACUGCUAGGCCUUUUUAAUAAACCUACAGAUUAUUUUCGAAAAGGUAAAAAGGGUGAGAAAGGUGAAAUUAUUCAAAGUAGAAUACGUUCUCAUCAUAAUCGACAAUUUCAAAGAUAUAAACGAGAUCAAUGUCAAUAUGGCUGUCGACUUUAUCAAUUUGAAUCCAAAAACAAGCAUGUUAAACGGUCAUCAUCAACUCUGAAAGGCGAAUCGAAACAUGCCUCCGAUUUAUUACAUAAUGGAUCAACCAAUAUUGAUUUCGACAAACAGAAAAUUUUAGGAGUUAAAAUAAUCCAUAAUAUCAAUGAACUGAAAACUAUUGGUUCAAUUCUACCAGUUGGUGCAUUGGUUAUCAGUGAGAUAUCAAAUUAUCAUUCACAAUCUAUUUGGGGGAAAGAAUAUUAUUCUUAUCAGUUUAGGUCAAAGAUGAAUUAUCAGAUGAAUCAAAUGAAUUCACUUGGUUUGUUUAUGAAAACUGAAAAUAUUAGUAACAUAUGGAUAGAAAUGCCUGUGAAAUUUGGACAUGAAGUGACAUUUGGCAUUCCAAAACCCAGUGAAGAAAUAUACGAAUCUUUUCUUUCGAAAACACCAUCAUUAUUUGAUACUUCAAGAUAUGAAGAAAAAAUAUUAUUCGCCUUUCAUCCUAUACCUGCAACUGGAGGAUCAUUAUCUGGUUGGAAUGCAGCUGAUAAGAAUUGUCAUGAAACUGCUAUAUAUCGUCUUGGAAUUCCUGGAUUUAAAGCAUUUCUUGUAGACAAAAAUUUCUCAGUAGAACGUCUUAUAAAAUGGCAAUAUCAACAUAUCCCUAUUAUAAAUUUAGAUAAUCAAGUAAUACUUCCCAAAUGGAGAGAUUUCUUGUAUGGUGUUCGUUCCAAUACGAAUGCACCAUUAUACGAUUUAAACGGUAUGCCUGACAUUCAUCAUCAUAACAAAACAUUUUGGCUUGGAGAUGGUGUUAGUUUUGGAUGUAACGAGUGGACUUCUAAUUCACCGAUUAAAUAUGGUGUUGUGUGGUCAUUCGGUAACAGAAGUCAAGUUGAAAUCACCUAUGCAAGAUGUGAUACAUUGAAUUAUCUAAUGUGUUAUAAAAUUGUAAAAUUUGCAACAGCUUCGUAUUUCAUGACAUGA